AGUGGGGCGGUGCCCAAGGCGGCCUGUCCUCCCUUCAAGCUCCUCCCUCGUUUUUGUCGCUGCAAAAUGAGUACCGGCGGUCGGGCUAUAUAAGAGAUUCUCUCGCCCGGCGCCCGCAGACGCUUCCUGGGCAGGCAAAAUGAAUGUUGUGCAGGCAGUGGUGUGUUUGGCGGCGUUGGCGGUGCCUGGCUACGCCCAGCUAGUGCAGUACUCCUUCAACUUUCUGGACGGCCCCACCACACGCAUGGAGACCCGGGACGCGUCUGGCAUCGUCAGAGGAACCUUCAACUUCCUGGACAGCCAAGGCAACCUGAAGGCGCAGCACUACGACUACACGGUGCAGGCUGGCCCACCUGCCGUAAACUUCGCUGAACCUGUUCCAGCACCCCAAGGUGCGGCGCCAGUCCAGCCCGCGGAGGCGGCGCCUGAGCACACUGACGAGGCCUCUCACACCGCUCCUGCCUCUCCUGAACUUACUCAAGAAAAAUCAGAUCCUGCUCCUGAAGCCCCUGAACCCAUCCAAGACGUCCCUGCAGUUACCGAGGCACCUGAACCCACCACCAGCACCCCUGUGGCCACCCCCGCCACCCCUGAGCCCACCACUGAGCCGCCAACACCCAAAACAACCGAGUCUCCCUUUGAUGCCUUCAAGAUUGACUUCAAGAGAUUCGGUCAGCGUCUCCGAGCUCUUGCACGCUUUACACCCACUCCCAUCCGAGCUGCUCGCACCAAGAGAGCAGUCGUGGUGCCCGGCCCCUUCACCUACGCCGCUCCUAACAGCUUGAACACAUUCUCUGCUCCUCUGGUCUACUCCCAUCCAGCCGUGGCCUACUCUUCCGCCUUCCCUGCUGUCGCCGCCUACUCGGGAAUUCCCGCAGCCGCCCCUGCCGCAGCGCGCGACGCUGCCCUGCUGCGGGUGGUGCACAACCCCGCUUACUCUGUUUCCUACCGCGUGGACUGAACACCACGCGCCAUGGCCAAGGUCAUGAGUCUUUGUUUCCUCGCUCAUGCUCAUCUGCCUUUCAUUCUCUCUCUCUCUCUCUCUCUCUCUCUCUCUCUCUCUCUCUCUCUCUCUCUCUCUCUCUCUCUCUCUCUCAUAUGUCUGUUUUAUCCAUAAUUGUAUUUCAAAAGAAUAAAGUUUUAUAACAAGACCACAUCA